GUGAGGGCAGGGAUGCCUCCAGGCGGAAAUUCUGGCCGGCCCCCAGGGCGGCCACUCUAGCGGGAGCUGCCUCCCCUUCUCGGAGAGCGGCCGGCGGAGAUGAUCAUGGAGGCGGGCACCGUUCCUGAGAGUGGGUUGGAGAAAGCCCUCCUCACAACAGAAGGGGAUGGGGAUUCCAACAGUGGCAUCUACACCUGCUUCAUGAAAUCCCAUCGCUGCUAUGACCUCAUCCCGACAAGCUCUAAACUGGUUGUGUUCGAUACUUCUCUGCAGGUAAAGAAGGCCUUUUUUGCGCUGGUGACCAAUGGUGUUCGAGCUGCUCCCCUCUGGGACAGCAAAACACAAAGCUUUGUGGGAAUGCUCACAAUCACAGACUUCAUCAACAUUCUGCAUCGCUACUAUAAAUCAGCCAUGGUGCAGAUUUAUGAACUGGAGGAGCACAAGAUCGAAACAUGGAGAGAGGUCUACCUGCAAGAUUCCUUCAAGCCAUUGGUCUACAUUUCACCAAGUGCCAGCCUGUACGAUGCCGUGACUUCUUUGAUCCGGAACAAGAUCCAUCGGCUGCCUGUCAUUGAUCCUGACUCAGGGAACACGCUGUACAUCCUGACACACAAACGCAUCCUCAAGUUUCUCAAGCUCUUUAUUGCAGAGUUCCCCAAGCCAGAGUUCAUGUCCAAAACCCUGGAGGAGUUGAAGAUUGGUACCUAUGAAAACAUUGCGAAGGUCCACACCAGCACCCCUAUCUAUGUUGCUCUGGGCAUUUUUGUACAACAUCGAGUCUCAGCAUUGCCCGUGGUGGAUGAUUCAGGUCGGGUUGUGGAUAUUUACUCCAAAUUUGAUGUCAUUAACCUGGCGGCAGAGAAGACCUACAAUAACCUGGAUGUGACCGUGACCAAAGCAUUGCAGCAUCGCUCCCAGUACUUUGAGGGUGUGCUCAAGUGCUAUAAACAUGAAACUUUAGAGACGAUCAUCAACCGGCUGGUGGAGGCUGAGGUUCAUCGGCUGGUGGUGGUGGAUGAAAAUAAUGUGGUGAAGGGCAUUGUGUCGCUCUCAGAUAUUCUUCAGGCCCUGGUCCUGCCUGGAGGUCAGAGCCUUGACUGAAAGAGGGCUGAACCUACGUCGUGGACUUGAAGCAUGCCACAGCUAUCCUUUCUGCGUCACUCUUUUGGCCAACCGGUUGCAGUAUGAAGGCAACAGUGUGGUGCGAUUAUAAGCCAAGCCAACACACACACACCAGACUUUAUUCCCUUGGUUCUUCCCAUCAAACCAAGGUGUGGGUUCUCCCUCCCCCUUCCCCACUUUUGGUUCCAGAGGCUCUCUGAGGCUGGCUGUUAGUUGGCGAUCAGUAUCGAGGUGUGCAGGUUCCAAGUCAUUCUGGCUGUUCCUGGAUGGGGAGGGAAGGUAGGGGCAAGCUUUUUGGUGGAGUGCAAAGUCUCGUCUAUAGGCAUGUGGAAGAGGCCAUAUUUGAAGCCCAAGAUGUGGAGCUCUGGGACUGCUGACCUCCAACACAGCUUAGGAGCAGAAAGUGAGGCACCUGCCUGCUCUCCAGUGGGGGACCUGGGCAUAAUCCUGUGCUUUUCCAUGCCACUCUCUCACAUACCAGCAACAGUGUGUGAGAAAUUGGUACCUUAGGAUCACUCGGAUCUUUCAUUAGGCCAUAUCUUCACAGCCCCCCAGGUGGGGGGAUCUUACCUGUUCUGGCAGCCUUUCCCAAAGUGAUACCCUUCGGAUGAGUUGGACCCCAACUCCCCAAAUUGAGACUGUAGUCUGUUUGGUUUGAUGGCAUCACCCAUAAAUCCAGAUUGUGGAAGUCGCAGUUCAAACCCGUGUGGAGGGCACCAGCUUGGAGAAUGUGCUGGUUGUGGGAGUUGUAGUCCAACCCCAAUCUGGAGGGUAUUAGAUUGAAGAAGAUCACCUUCUCUGGUCCUUAACAGAACAAACAUGAUCCCUCCAGGAAUUUGAAAUCCAUUGGGGGGAGAGUUGCCCUGACGGAAUCACAUUCCACUUGCCAGAGCACCUGACCUCCUCUUGAUCUGUAUGGGGGUGGGGGAGUCUCAGUGGUUCCUUCACUCCUUCCUUGGUCUGAAUUACUGUGGUCCUUCAUACCAUCUCUACCUUGGGGGAUGUGCAAAAGAAUGUUGCUGGGCAGAAUGGCCAUGAAAAAACGCUAUGUAUGAAUAAACAAACAAACUUAACAGUGGGAGGACUGCGAGGUUGGCCUGUGUCCCAGUGAAAAUAAUGCACUUGCCAGUGACUGCUUUGUUCUCACCUUUGGAACAGAAAUAUUGGUGUGUUUGGAAAUCUGCAUCUCGUUCCCCAUUACCAACCCUGGGUCAGAAGUGUUCACCCUCUCCUCCUUCCACAAGCAUCCCACCUCUUUUGCACAUUCCUACCAUACAUUGUACAACAUGUAUUUUUGUAAAGCUGCAUUUCCUAUCUCUGAUGCUCCGUCCAAGCUCUUUCCAUUUGGGGUUGGGAGCUUGGUUUCCAUGCUCCACCUCAAUUGGAAGAGAAAGAGAGAGAACAACUUUUUUUAAAUUAUUUUAAACUCAAACAGGGAACCCCUUCCUCUGUGUGGUAUCAAUUGCUACUUGUUUUGUUAAGAUUCUGUACUUAAUUAAAAGAAGAAGAAAAAGCUGA